UUUUCGUUGGCACGUCGGUAAACUUUAAAGUUGAAUUCAACAUGAUGUUACAGAAGUUCGACUGAAAGUGAAGACUCGUCAAAAUGAUACGCUGGAUAGUUGGAGUGUUGGUGCUAUUCAGUGUAUCAACAACGCUGCAUGCCGCCACCGAUAAGGUCGUGUGUUAUUUCGGCAGUUGGGCUACGUAUCGCGUUUCAAAUGGUAAAUUCGACGUGGAGGACAUCGAUCCGACGCUGUGUACGCAUAUUAACUAUGCCUUCGUGGGAUUGGAUUCAACCACAAGUGUGAUUAAAAUUCUGGAUUCCUGGAAUGAUGUUUCGUUAAAGGGAUUCGAACGGUUUAUCGCACUCAAAUCUAUUAACCCUAAUGUUAAACUGCUGCUUGCAAUUGGUGGAUGGAACGAAGGUUCUUCUGCCUACUCGGCAAUGGCAUCGUUGUCUACAACACGCAAAGCAUUCAUCGAUUCCGCAGUCACUCUGCUCAAGACAUACGGGUUCGAUGGGUUGGACGUCGAUUGGGAAUAUCCAACUCUCCGCGGUGGAUCUCCAGAUGAUCGUACGAAUUACAUUACGCUUCUGAGUGAACUGCGCAUCCGUUUCGAUACGGAAGGCUUUUUGUUAACUAUUGCGGUUGCAGCAACGAAAGACUAUCAUCGAUCGGCAUAUGAUGUGGUGCAAAUAAAUAACUACGUGGAUUUUGUGAAUUUAAUGACGUACGAUUUGCAUGCCUAUUGGGAUGCCCAGACUGGCCACAACUCACCGCUGAAUGCCGCCACCUGGGAGACGGACUCCACCACCAGUAUGUUAAAUGUGGUUGCCUGUGUGCAGGGUUGGCUCGACGAUGGAUUGGAUGCAAGCAAACUUAUCUUGGGCGUUCCAGCCUACGGGCACACCUUCACUCUGGCUUCGGCAAGCACCAACGGAGUUGGAGCGCGAACCGUUGGAGCAGGAACAGCUGGUCCAUAUACUCUGGAAGCUGGCACUUUAUCAUAUUUGGAAAUCUGCGAACGGUUGCAGACCGGCUACACCACGAGCUGGGAUGACACGCAAGAGGUACCGUACGCGUUUUUGGAUACUCAAUGGAUUUCCUACGAUGACGUCACCUCGAUUGCGCUCAAAGUCGACUAUGCAAAGAGCCAAAAUCUCGGGGGAAUUAUGAUUUGGUCGCUGGAAUCGGACGAUGAUAAGAAUGUCUGCGGAGGUGGUACCUAUCCAAUCACCAGGGCCGUAUACAAUUCUGUGUUUGGAUCGACUGGGUCAACAACCAUAGCCACCACCACCGACAUUGCAGCAACUACGACAAUUACGACAAGCGCCGGAACCACUGCGACCGCUAGUACAACAUCCACUACAACUGCAGUUACCACAACCACGACAGCUGCUUCUGUCACGUUAGUUUGUAAAAACGGAUUUGCGAGGGAUCCCACUAACUGCCAGUAUUUCUACCAAUGUGACUCAACAGGGACAGCUGUGCUAAAUUGGCAUUUCAAGUGUCAAACGGGGCUUUACUUUGAUGAAAGAUAUUCGUACUGCAACUGGGCGUACUUAGUCACAUGUUAA